AUGGGACAGCGACAGUGUCGUAGAGUGGGAGUUGAGGGAGGAGGUGAGUGUGUGCACGGGAUAAAUCCCGGAGCAACACCGACACCCACCGACCACAAGGCGGAGCUCCAUCCUCGGCCUGACGAGACGCCUGUGGACAUCGGUGAGAGAGGCGGGCAGAAAGAAAAGAGACAGAAAAAGAGGAGAUUUCGGAAGUUUGCCUCUUUUUUCUUUUGUUCGUCGCUCCCCAAAUCCACCAAAGCUCAGGAUGAGCAGGUGGAGCAGUGUGAGGUGGACCAGGACACUGGUAAAACCCCAUCCAGGAGGUGUACUGAUGAUCAGACUUCUUUACAGGACACCAUCUUUACUGUAGAGGACAAUGAUCAUCAGGAACCUCCUUCCAGUUGUCCUGAAGUCCCUCACACUGCCGAAAACCAGCAAGUGGAGGACACCAAGCCUCAAGAUCAGGACAGUCCAGCCUGUACAUCAUCAGGUGACACUGGAUCACAUCUGCUGAGACAGCUGGACUCUGACAAGAUUGUGAGGACCAAGGAUCCCAUUUGCUGGAAAUAUGCCAUUGGCAAGAAAUUGGGGGAAGGAGGAUUUGGCUCUGUGUUUGAAGGGACCCGUUGCAAGGACGGCCUCAUAGUAGCUGUGAAAUUCACAGCGAAGACAGGGAACGAGACAUACAUCAACCUUCCUGACCAUCCAAGACCUCUUCCACUUGAGGUGGCCCUGACAGUAAUGGCUAAUCAAGGCCCACACUGUAGCCAUAUUAUUAAGCUGCUGGAGUGGCAGGACCAUCUCGACGAGUACAUCAUGGUCCUAGAACGGCCCUUACCCUGCAUGAACAUGCACAGCUUCUGGAAGCUUUCCGGAAGCUGCUUCAGUGAGAAAUUGGCCCGUCAUUUCAUGUGGCAGGUGACUGAGGCUGCUGUCCUGUGCUGUACCAGGGGUGUCCUACACAGAGACAUCAAAAUGCAGAACCUCCUGGUCAACACAAAGACCCUGGAGAUCAAAUUGAUAGAUUUCGGCUGCGGGGACCUCAUGAAACGCUCCGCCUACAAAAACUACUCUGGCACAGAAAGCUAUUGCCCUCCUGAAUACUUCGAGAAGGGCAAGUACCAUGGGAAGAAGGCAACGGUGUGGUCGCUGGGGGUGCUGCUGUUUGCCAUGAUCGGCCGCCGUUUACCAGACAGAGGAGAUAUCGCUUCGAUGGACUCUGAUGUCUGGUUCAAGCCGAACGUCUCAGAUGAAUGCUGCCGGUUUAUUCGAGGUUGCCUGAAGAGCAACCCAAAGCAGAGACUCCGUCUGGAUAAGAUGCUCUCUCAUGACUGGUUAAGGUACAGUGUAAAGACGAGCUAAAAUGAUUUUGAAGAUAUAUGUACAUUACAUUUUUGUUAACUUAGCUUGAUUAUCUGAAUAUGGACAUCAGCUUCUUUACAUUACCAUUCAGUACCUGCUGUAACUGUCAUAUACCCAAUCCUUAUACAUGGCACAGAUGUAUUUUUUAUACCUUAUGAAAAAUGCUUUCUAAUUGUUUUUCAGGUCAUGGAAAGGGUUGCGUCUGGUGGGCUGAAACAGAAGACCACUCCAUCUCUCCAGCCUCAGCGUCUUGCGGGGCUGGCUGGCCUUGGUUGCGUCUGGCGCCUUGGCCUGAGGCGGUAGUUUUAGCGUCUUGCGGAACUACUUGCCUAGGGAUGUGUGCUUCUUGUAAAUAGUUAGUUUAGUUUUACUUAGUUAAGUUAGCUCCUCCAUCUCUCCAGCCUCAGCGUCUUGCGGGGCUGGCUGGCCUUG